CCCGUUUCUUGAAACAUGUCGCCCAUGAAGCUGUGUGUUCCAGGUGAAAGGCUGUGCAGUACGGAGGACUGUAUCCCCGGUACCGGCACGUACCUACGGCACGGCUACAUCUUCGCCUCGCUCGCGGGAUAUGUGCUGAGAAAGAACGAGGGAGAGGAGCUCCCGGUUAUAUCCGUGGUUAGAGAAACGGAAGCACAACUUUUGCCCGAUGUUGGUGCCAUCGUCACCUGCAAGGUGACCAGUAUCAACCCACGGUUUGCUAAAGUGCACAUAUUAUACGUUGGGUCAACACCGCUAAAAGAUCGGUUUAGAGGCACAAUCAGGAGAGAAGAUGUGAGAGCGACAGAGAAAGAUAAGGUGGAGACGUACAAGAGCUUUAGGCCAGGUGAUAUCGUCCUUGCUAAAGUGAUCUCUUUGGGUGACGUGCAGUCGAACUACCUGCUAACCACAGCGGAGAAUGAGUUGGGUGUGGUCGUGGCCCACAGUGAGGCAGGUGCACAGAUGGUGCCCAUCAGCUGGUGCGAGAUGCAGUGUCCUCGCACACACGCAAAAGAGUUUCGCAAGGUUGCGCGGGUACAGCCGGAGUAUCUGCAGGCCUGAGCCACGCCCACCACACCCUUUAACCACACCCACUGGAACACACAGCUUCGAAGACACGCCCUCCUGCUUUACUCAUGCACAAUUCUCAGCCAAAUAAUGGCGUUUGGAAUUCUGUAGAUCAGUUGAAUCUAUUCUUCCACACUGCCUUUGAAUUACGCAUUAUUCAGAAUAUAGUAUUCUGGCAUUCGUGAUGCUCUCGGUGCGAUUACAGUACAACAUGUGUUCAACUGUUGUAGAGCCUCUAGAAGUGUUGCAGAACAUGAGGAAUUGUGUAAACGGUCUUCUGUUACCCUGAAUGUCCAACGUUGAGAGCUUGUGUAAACACAAAUGUACACCGUUGGAACAAAUUAUGGGUGAAUCUCAACAUGUCCAAGUCCCACUUCACCCCAAAAUCUAAAUAUAAUUCCAAUAUUGAUAAUUUCAAUAAACAAUUUUAUACAUUUCUCACCCAAAUUCUCAUCACCGUUGAAUUUCAUUAAGCAGAAUAUUUCUUUUCUUUUGGAUUUAGUGGUGAAAUGUGACCUACAGAGUUUGUGAUGUUUCACAACGGGAUUUUGAAGUAAAGUUUGAGUGCUAACGUGUGGCGGCACUGUUUUCAAACGCAUAAAGCGCAUGAUAGUCAUUGAAAGCACUUGUUUUCUCUUGCUGCUUUUAUUCAGAAUAUUUGAAAAUGUGUCUAUGAUGCUUUCCUUAUUCUGUCCUUUUGUCUGUAAACGUUUGAGGUCAUGUUUACAAGAGACAAAAAAAAUAAAGUGUUUUAUAGAA